AAAUGGAAGGCACAAAGAGAGCGGGAACACGUACAGCUGCUUAUUGCUUUCCUCUACUUGAGCGCCCCAUUCACUCCUCCUCUCUGCCUGCCUUCUCUUCGUUUUGAGAUCUGUGCUCUUCGGUCGUCUCCUUCCUUCCUCUCAAGGCUUCUUCUUCAGCUAGGGUUUCGUAACUCCGAUCCUUUACCGUUAUGGCUCCACCAAUUGAGACUGUUCAAAAAGUUGAGCCUCCUCAAAAAGUUAUCGACUCCCAUCAUCAUCAUCAUCAUUCCUCACAUCCACCUCUUAAUGAGAGGAUACUUUCUUCCAUGACCAGGAGGUCUAUAGCUGCACACCCUUGGCAUGAUCUUGAAAUAGGACCUGGAGCUCCAAAGAUUUUCAACUGUGUUAUUGAAAUUCCUAAAGGAAGCAAAGUGAAAUAUGAGCUUGACAAAAAAACUGGACUCAUCAAGGUUGACCGCAUACUGUACUCAUCGGUUGUCUACCCCCACAACUAUGGCUUCAUCCCCCGAACUCUUUGUGAGGACAAUGACCCCUUGGAUGUCUUGAUUAUUAUGCAGGAGCCAGUUGUUCCUGGAUGCUUUCUUCGGGCAAAAGCAAUUGGCUUGAUGCCUAUGAUCGAUCAGGGUGAGAAAGAUGACAAGAUAAUUGCUGUCUGUGCUGAUGAUCCCGAAUACCGACACUACCAGGACAUCAAGGAUCUCCCACCACAUCGUUUGGCUGAGAUCCGGCGCUUCUUUGAGGACUACAAGAAAAAUGAGAACAAAGAAGUUGCAGUUGACGACUUUCUCCCUGCAUCUGCUGCCUAUGAUGCAAUCCAGCAUUCCAUGGACCUAUAUGCGGACUACAUAGUGGAGAGCCUCAGGCGGUAGUUGUUUGUGCAAGCAAUGAAUCUUGGGUGCUAUCAUCUAUAUCAUCUGUAAUGAAAAUAACUUUAUUAUUGUGUUGUUUAUGCAUGCAUUUUGUUUCGCAAUGUAUGCAUAUGCUUAUACUACGACUCUAGAUGGAUUGUCUCAUCUGCUUCAUAUGACAAGUAUUAAAACUUUUAUACAGUAAUGAAUAUCGAAAACGACUGGAAAAAGAAUUGUAGUUUGGGUUGAUAUAUUGGUUUUGUGUCAUUCUUCAUUCACCCUGACAUGGGUUUGAAACA